AUGUCGGACAAGCAUCCUAUAGUGAUCUCUGACUCGGAAUCCGAUACGCUCAGCGAGUCAGACAGACCGUGUCAUACGCACGCCUCGCGAGCCAACGCAGCUGAGUGCAACAACCAAUCCCAUCACGCCCACAAGCACGCCACUCCAAGCAACGCGCUCAUCGCCAGCCAAGAUUCAUCACAAACACAACCAUCAUGUGCAGACGCCACCUCAUCUGUAGCUAGUACAUCUGCAGCUGGGUUCCUCUCCCUCUUGCCCGACCGACGACAGCUAGAGUUGGACCGAAUGCAGCGCGCUAGCAAGAGAAAAAGACAGCUCAACUUGCCAUGUUCGUCUAGCGAUGACGAGACACAGUCCGACACCAAGCAGUGCAAGCUCAACAAUGCUUCCGUCGCGAGCACUGCAAGCACUGCAAGCACUGCAAGCCAACCGCUGGCUGUACUACACCCGUCUGCGAAUCCUCGCACGUCGACUUGUGUCGGCGAGCCAUCAAGCUCCUCGAAGCCGCAAAACUCCUCCUACUCGAUGGCUGCGGAUGCGAUCACCGCUUCAAGUAGAUUCUGGCAUGGCUCCGUCAAGCAUGGCUACAACCGAUACGCCGCACCCUCCGUCUCUGGCGUAAGCAUCUCUCAAAUGCUUCUGCCCGCCACACCAUCUAGCCGCAGCUCGCUCGAGUUGGCGGUGCUUGCAACGUACGAUUUACGCAUCGACUGGCUCUACUCUCUCUUCCCUCGCCAGCUGCCAGUCACACUCGUCCUACCGCCUCCAAAAGAAGACUACAGGGUCAAUGAGCAUGUCGCCAGGCCAGGCUUGCAUCCUAGCCAUAUCUUUGGUGGCGAUUUUACCAGGUGCCCAGGAUGGCAGAUUUGUGUACCCAACAAACCCAAGGGCGGCUGGUUGACGCAACACAUCAAGUUUUUGAUCCUCGUCCAUCAGCGCUUCUUGAGAGUGGCCAUUCUUUCGGGCAACUUGAACGCGAUCGAUUGGGACAGGAUCGAGAACACAGCCUACAUCCAGGAUUUCCCAUUGCUGGGCCAAGCAAGCAUGAUCAAUCACGGUAGCGGCAGUAGCAGUGGUAGCAAGAGUAGUCAGAACGACUUCAAGUCGCAGCUGGUGCGCGUAUUGCGUUCGCUCAGUAUGCCUGCUUCGCACGCCGUCUAUGCGGCACUGGACAGGUACGACUUUUCGCUCGCCACGCGGGCGCGAAUCGUUGCGAGCUGGCCUGAGGCUGCCAGCUUGCGCGAGUGGGAUCAAAUCGAGACGCAAGGUUUGGGACGCUUGGGUAAAGUCGUACGCGAUCUGGGCAUCAAAGAGUCUGUGGAGUUGGAAUGCCAAGGUUCCAGUCUGGCCAAUCACGAUGUCAAGUGGAUCGAGCAUUUCCAUUUGUUGGCCUCGGGUGUCGAGCCGAGAGGACUGUUGCCGCUAAAGGGCAAGCCGAAUGAGGUGCAUCCGGAGUAUGCAAGCGCAAUCGGUGCGACGAGCAAGGGAAACGCGCUACCGCCAGUGAAGAUCGUCUUUCCGAGUCAUCGGUAUGUGCACGAGACGACGGUGGAGGGUGCAAUGGGGGCGUUGAGCUUUUUUGGCAAAGCCGAAGCGUGGAGCAAUUCGCCGAUCAAGCCGCUCUAUCACAGCCCACAGAGCCGAAGAGGCGAUGUGAUGAUCCACGCCAAAUCCAUCCUCGCGCUGACGGCUGAGGGGAAAGCGAUUGUCGAUAAGGCGUUCAUAGAUGCUAGCGAUUCGUACAUAUCAGCCAAAGCUACGCGCUUCUCGGUAACAGACGGAAGCUGGACUGGUCCCAGACAAGCAGAACACCCAAUCGGAUGGACGUACCUGGGUAGCUCCAACUUCACCCGCGCCGCUCACGGCAACAUCGGCGGGUCGGUGAACAAGCCUACGAUGAGCAGCAUGAAUUGGGAGCUGGGCGUUGUGUUGCCGAUCUAUGCGUCCGAGGUGCAAAAGAUGGGCGUGCAGGCGGAGAGUUUGAGGGCAGUGGUUUAUCAUCGUCCGUUGCAAGCUUACGCUCGAGACGAUGCGCCUUGGGAUAAUCGUGAAUACUUGAGCUAG